CCAUCCCUCACCCGGCACCUGUGUCCACUCUCUAGCGUCCCAAGUGAGUCUAGGGGGAAUCCUGACUCCAGUCCGGGGUCUGGGCAAGCCGAGCCGCGCUGUUCGGAAGGGGGAAUUUCACUCAGAGCCCGGGCCUGCAGGGGCGGGGCGUCCUGGGCACCCGGGAUUGGGCGUCUCCCGUCGUGCACCGGGGCACCGGCAACUCACCCGGAAGGAGAAGUCGUGAUCUGGCUUUAUGGUGGGGCGCGGGCGGUGUCGUGGUGGGGAGCUGGUGCUGUUCUCAGGGGCCAGUCUGGAUCAUUUGUUGGCAGUACAUAUUGGCUGAAGUCAGUUUUCAUUUCAAGAUGUUUUCUUCAAAUGGGCUUUUGGUGUAGGAUGUCGGAGAACCAAGAACAGGAGGAGGUGAUUACAGUGCGUGUUCAGGACCCCCGAGUGCAGAAUGAGGGCUCCUGGAACUCUUAUGUGGAUUAUAAGAUAUUCCUUCAUACCAACAGCAAAGCCUUUACUGCCAAGACUUCCUGUGUGCGGCGCCGCUACCGUGAAUUCGUGUGGCUGAGAAAGCAGCUACAGAGAAAUGCUGGUUUGGUGCCUGUACCUGAACUUCCUGGGAAGUCAACCUUCUUUGGCACCUCAGAUGAGUUUAUUGAGAAGCGACGACAAGGUCUACAGCACUUCCUUGAAAAGGUCCUGCAGAGUGUGGUUCUCUUGUCAGACAGUCAGUUGCACCUCUUCCUGCAAAGCCAGCUCUCGGUGCCUGAGAUAGAAGCCUGUGUCCAGGGCCGAAGCACCAUGACUGUGUCUGAUGCCAUUCUUCGAUAUGCUAUGUCAAACUGUGGCUGGGCCCAGGAAGAAAGGCAGAGCUCUUCUCACCUGGCUAAAGGAGACCAGCCUAAGAGUUGCUGCUUUCUUCCAAGAUCUGGUAGGAGGAACUCUCCCUCACCGCCUGCCAGUGAAGAAAAAGACCAUUUAGAAGUGUGGGCUCCAGUUGUUGACUCUGAGGUUCCUUCAUUGGAAAGUCCCACUCUCCCACCCCUCUCCUCGCCAUUAUGCUGUGAUUUUGGAAGACCCAAUGAGGGAACCUCCACUCCUCAGUCUGUGAGGAGGGCCCUGGGAGGAGACCAUGCUGUGCCUUUGGAUCCUGGUCAGUUAGAAACAGUUUUGGAAAAGUGAGCUCUGGGUUCUGCUCUGAGAUGGUCAGAGAAGAUGCGGGCCAGGAGACUUACUCAGGUGGGAUUGGGCACAGGGCAGGUAUUGUGGGAGGCUGUGUUGCUUAGUGUCUUCUAGUCUCCUCUGCUUGGGCUGAGUGACAGGUCAGUCAUAACAGCCCCUUAUGCCUCUUCCAUGGGAAUAAAUACUGUGCAGAUGUUUGUAAGUUAAGCAUAAGGCCCAGGGGCUGUUUAUUUUGAACAGAACCCAUAUUUACUCUCCUGGGAGGUGAGUUUCUACAGGUCAUUUGUAUGUAGGACCGGGAGUACUUCCUCAAGUGGCUGGUUUUGGGGACCUGUAUGUGGCAGAUUCUAAGCUGCCAUAUUGAACAUUGUCCCAACAGGAGUGAUUACGUUGUGUCCCCAUCUUGACUGGCUUCAGUUUUUGCUGUAGCCCUAGAGCACUUUGUUUCUGGAAGGCUGGCCUCUUGCCUACCUCCUUGCAUGGAUGGGGGGGAUGAAUAUUUACUUUCCACCUUGCUUUUUCUUCCACCGGUACCACUGAAUGGAACUGGUGCUGUGACUCCUGCUGCAGGGGUUUUAUGUCCUGAGACCUUAAUCUGGCUGAGUGGAGCCUGAGACCUGCACAACAGCUCAUGGUCAUGCAUGAGAGAGAAGUGGCUGGCCACAGCCAGAGGGAACAGCAACAGCUCAGGGGCCUGGUUAUAAAGGGGAGAGAUGGCUAUCUUUUCUGCAGGGUUAGAGUGGGCUCCUUUCUUUUCUGAGUCCUUUUCUUCUUUGGUAACAGUUCCCUGCCUCCAGGGCUUCAGCCGCUAGCGUCCCUCUGCUGUGCUGCAGGGAGGCCAUAUGUUCAUCCAGUGGGGCGCAAGGGCUUUGUUUCUGCCUGGAAGAGAGGGCUCGGGGGAUGAGGAAGAACACGCUCUCCUUCAGACAAUGAGGCAUUCUGUCCUGCUGCCAUUCCUUAUCUCCACCGAGAGCCAGAGCUGGUAGGAGCAGAGUGCCAUGGGCAUUCUGCAUUGCUCUACUCUUAGGUUUGUUUGUGUGAUUCUUCCCCUCCCUCUCGCCCACUCCUCCCUCCUCUGGCCAUCCUACCCUGUCUGUGGGCUCUUUUACUACCAGCCUAUGCUGUGGGACUGUCAUGGCAUUUAGUUCAGAGUUGAGGGACUUUGGCCUGAAAUAAAAUGCAAGUAUUUAAGAUUGUUGUUGCAAUUUGUGUCUAACAAGCUGUAGCAGAGAAGGAGGGAGUGAGGGCUGGCAGUAGUUCCUUUCAUAAAUCAUGAAUUUAUCAGCAUGGAAAUAAUGGUUCAGAACUGUGCUCUGCAGCUCUCCUGCAUUGUGUGUGCAGCUCAAGUUCACCACUGGAGGAAGGAUUGCCUUCCAAAGAGCUGGGAUCCAACUCUUCUCACAGUUCUGGGCAUGAACCUUGUUAGGUAUAAUUUACCUGAUGCUGCUUCCAUCCUCGCAGCCUGUCUGAGGUGCCAGGUGCUGAAAGAGAAAUAAAGUUUGUCAACAGGCAGAUGCAAAGCCCUGGCUGGUAUUCAUCCCUCUUUCCUGCCCGCCUCCCCUGGGUCUCUCCUUUAUAUGAUGUAGCAGAGCAAGGCGAGGAUAGAAAACCUACAGAGGCAAAUCCAAAAUGUCAGAAGUUCAUUUAAAAGGGGAAAAAAACUCCACGCGCAACCCUCACAAAAACCCGACAGAUGCUAACCUAAUGGCAUCCUCUCUGCCGAUUGGUGGGGAUGGCUCAUGAAUAUUAAUGAGUCCAAUGCUCCAAAUGGUGCAGCUGUGAACCCAGCUGUGCCUGAAGCUCUCUGAUCUCGAAACUUCCAGACAGGAGCCGGAGGUGGUCUGUCAAUUCCCUACUCAGCCAAAAAACAGCAAGUUGGGUUGGCCUUCUUCUGUUCGCACCUUUUCUUUCUGGAGUUGGUGCUCAGCAGCUAGUUCUGCCAGCAGGCUCGGCUGCUGGGACAGCAGGAGCCAUUCAAAGACAUGGAUGUGAUUUUUCCGACUCCCAGUUUUUUAAUGAUCCAUUGGCAGCGUGCCUACAACAGCACCUCAGUUAAUCUAAGGCCAGGCACCAUCUCCUUUCAGUCUCUUUCUGAGUUAAGUGUAGGCCUUGGAAGGAGAAGCCCUAAGAAAGAAAGCACUUUUCUAAUAAUACAGGCCUGGGGUCAUCAGAAAAAUUGUGCAUAUGAGUUUUCCCCUCCAUCCAGAUAGUGCCAUAGGGCCCUCUUCUGUUUUGCUCUGUCCCUGCGUGGCUGGAUGACCUCUAUGAAAGAUGGGGGAUUAGAUGGGGGGGAGUGGCUCAUUGAGCUGUUUGUAAAAUAAAAAUAUUUUGUUUAGAAUUCA